CUAAAACCCUAACAGGUAAGAUCAGCCUCUCUGGGGCAAAUGGUUAAUCUUCAUUUAAAGGCUGUGAAGCGAUUUCAGACCUUGUUACCAUGAAAGAGGACUCACCUGUUCUGGUGGAGAAAAGAACCAGCCUCUAUAAAAGUUUCUGACCGGUAGAGCUGUUGAGCUAAACUAUGAAGAUAGAAAGAAACAGAAGAGGAUUUCCAGAGCAUAUUUUUGAAGGUCAGCAUUUGAAGCUCCCAGAACUAAAAAGAAAAGCUCGAUAUGAAGGUCUGGAGAGUAAAUACCUGUAUAGAGAGAUUGCAGAAUAUCCUAAACCUGAGUUCCAUGUGAGUCGUCUGAAGCAUGACACUUCAGAAGACGGACUUAAAGGGAUCAGGAAGGAUGGAGGCUUCAGGGAUCCAUAUGGGGGAUCCCUGGUUUGGUGGAGUCUGACUGUGGGACCAGAGGAGCUGAAGGAUGCUGAGAUGAGGCUCCUAGAGAAGACCUUCCCAGACCGGAUGGAGGUGGAAGAUGCUGAGCAGCAGAGCUUCCUGUGGAGGUUUGCCACCUCUCCGGCCUUCAAGGAGACGUCCCGGCUGGGCUGCUACCGCUUCACCUUCUCACUGGAGGAGGUGCUGACGGCCUACAGAGAACAGUUCUGCUCUGGAGCCCAACCCGUCAUGCGGAUUUACAAAACCGUGCUGUACUCACAGGAAGUGAUGCACGUGGUUCUGGUCCACAGUCCAGCCAGUCAGAGGGAGUUCUCCCAGUUCCCUUCUCUGAGCCUCGACCCAAACGCUGUUUGUGUUUUCAGUGAUGGAUGUUUUAUCUGGAGGCCCGAGGCGAUGUGUGAAACUCAUGGAUACGAGCUGGUCUACAGACAUCAAACCAGGCAGAUGGAAACAUGGACUUGCUCUCCUCAGUAUUAUGUUUGGGAUCAUGUUGCAGUCGCCCUCCAUGUUGGUCCAAAGGUGUUGAAGUUCAACGUCGAUCAGCUCAGAACUAAGCUGAAGUUCUGCCAGCAAGAUGAAGUUAGUUAUGGCCAAAACUUUGGAAACCCAGAUGGUUUUGAUGGCGCUAAAGCCGAAGUGAAGAAGCUGUGGCCCGGCUGGACUGGACUGCUGGAGAUUGAAAGCUCGCUGAAGCACAGUCUAACUGUUACAGACAUGCAGCUGGUUCUUGUUGGGUGGCCUGGCGUGGGGAAGAGCUCCAGUGGGAACACCAUACUGGGAAGAACCGCCUUCAGCACCAGCAGUGCUGCAGACAGUCAGCUCUCAGGUGGAACCCAGUGCUGUCUGCAGCGAGGGACCAUCUUCAGCAGGGAGGUGACCAUCAUCGACACCCCAGGACUCUCAGGAAGGUUCAGCCCUGACCUGAAGAAGGAGAUCCUCAGAUGCAUCAACCUUUGGAGUCCUGUUCCCCAUGCCAUCCUGCUGGUUGCCAGACUGGGUUUCUUCCCCACAAAUGUUAAAAAAACAGUGAAGCAGAUGGAGAGGAUGUUGGGGGAAAACGUCUGGAGCCGAACCGUGAUCCUCUUAACCCACCAGGAUCAGGCGGAACCAGAUGUGAAAACCCAGCUGCAGGAAUGCAAAGCUAAGCUGAAGGAGCCCUUUUUAAAAAAAGUGUGUCUGGUCCUCAACAUCAGCCCAGAGUGCAAAGAUCUCCAGCAGAUUUGGGAUCUUCUGCAUGAGGCAACAAAACUGGUUAGUGAACAAAUGUCAGUGUCGAGGAUGCAGUGAAGCCUGCAGACUGGGUCAGACUUUGGUAUCACUGAUCCUUUCGUAGGUUCUAUCAUCUGAAGAAAAUUCCCAGCCUUUGAUCCAGAACCAAAGCUACAGAUCAUACUUUUAUAGGCGGUAGGGUCCAGGAUGAACUGCCUUAUGAUUUCAAUUUAGCUGAAUAUUGAUAACUAUUGAUUAAUUCGAUAGACGUCAAACGAUACAGGAUUUUUCGGGCCGAUACAGAUUAUUUUGACAUCAGUCUAACCCCGACAUCUCACAUCCUCCAUAACGGCCCAGCUUCGUUUCAGUCCACCUGUGCAAAGCGAAGCCAAUAGCCUCCGCUGUCCCUUCCGUCUUGCUCCGCUCCAACUUCCUAGGAGCUCGAGGAGAGCAUGCACAAUAUUAUUAAAUUCAUAGGAGCAAAACAUGCGAUAAUUGUCAUGAUUUUCGAAAGGGAUAAAUAGUAUCAUUUAUCCCUAUUACAAAGACCCAUAGUUGAUCAUUGAUUGUUCUCUACCUCAAAUGGAUGGAUGGAUGUGAAAGAGUUCUCAUUGAUUAACAUUAUUGCACAAGUGCUCCACAUGACGUACAUGAGCGGGUCGGAGACGGAGGAUGUGGAAUCCUUCAUUGGGGUUGAUUCUUGAAGCCGAUAUCACCUUUUCUUCUUCCAUUUACAUGAUAGAAAUGAUGAGAAAUGUUACACCAGCAGGGCUUGAUGUUAACCAUUGCCCGAUCUCCCGGGGCAAGUGGUUUUUAUUGUUGGGAGAGUACAAAUUUCAUUGGAUUUGCCCCCCGGGCAAUUGC